AUGCGGGGAAACGGAGUGGUCACUGGCGUCGCAGAAACAUUCGCAGUAGAUAACGUGGACGGAUAUAUUAUGGACGUUGGUGUAGGCUCUAUAGAUGAUGACGUAAGAACGGUUUGUGAUGACGUCGGCACGGUUUGUGAUGACGUCGGCACGGUCUGUGAUGACAGCGGUGGACUUGUUGACGAUUCUAAGGAACUCGUAGAAAUGUCAUCCAAAUAUGAUGAGAUGUCACUGAAGAUAUCCGAUGACGUUGACAUGCCACCGGGAGUAGUGACGUAUUCAAAUGACGUCAUUAUAACGGACGUUUCGCUGGGCGUCAUCGAAGCGACUGAUGAUUCUACUAAUGAACUUGGUUCCAUAACAGAGGAACUGGAAAUUUCUUCUUCUGGUAUAUCUGAAAAGAGAAGAUUGAAGAAUAAUGAAACGUAG